CUCUCUCUCUCUUGCAAAAAAACAUUUUACAUGAGACCCACAAACACACAGUAUGGGUCCCACUUCUUACCAAAUAAUCAGAGCCUAAAAGCCAAAAACCCUGUAAUAACCCACAGGCCACACCACCACCCCUGUUCCUCUGAGUUCACCUAGGGUUUUCAAAUCCCAAAUCUUAUGAUUUUCUCAUCAAUGCAUACCCAUCUCAGAUUUUGAUAACCAUCUGCCCUACCACCACCGCUUUAGUUUUUGAAAUUUAGCUUCGUUGAUUGAUUUAUAAGCUGGGCUUUGAUAAUGGAUUUCGGAGCGGGUGAAAGGAGCGUAAGGUAUUUAUAUCAAAGGGAAGUCUAGAUAGCUGAGUGAAGCUUUGUUUUCAGAUCUUCCAAGAGUCUUAAAUCUCAAGAUUUUCUUUUGGGUAUAUUAGUGUAAGCUUAAAAGGUGGUAUAUUUAGGUUUAUGGAAGUCGUUCAUUGAGUAAGUUUUGAAUAAUUUGAGGCGGGUUUUGAGUAGUUGAAUUUGAUGGGGUCGUAUUCGCGCACUUGUGAAAUUGUUGAAGCAAGGGAAGAUGUGAAUUCAGCUGAUCAUUCUAAAAGAGCUUUUCAGUCUCAUUCUGGGCUACGUGCGGGUGGCAGUGAUCGGGAACCGUCUGUGCUUAAACUAGGAUAUAGAGAUUUCCUUGAAGAUGAUAUCAAUCAACUUUUCGAGGCUAUCAGUCUUAAAAAUUCCUCUAAGGGUUUGAGGCAUUCAAAUCAAGCAAGCACAAGCUCAAGCUCGAGCCCUUUAAGGAAAAAUGCUAUGAAAAGACCAAUAACCGUAGGUGUGCCUCAGUCCCCUAGGAUCGGGGGUGCUGAGCAAGUGUCUCUAAAGCAAGCAUUAAGGGACCUUUGCAUUUCUAGAGCAUCAGAAAUGGCUGCUAUGAAACGGUUGUCAAAGCCGAUUGACUCUCCAAGAAUCUCAGAAGCUGGUAGGAUAAAGAGUUUGUACAAUUCAGUUGUAGUUGACACUAGUAGAUCUGGGCAUCCUGUAGAGGAGGGCAAAGAGACUUUUGUAGAAAUAUCUCUGGUGCCGGAAGAAACCAAAUCAGAUUCUUCUGAGAAGGGGCCUUAUCAACUUCAGAUGUCUCAAAAUUCAUCAAAUCAGAGUUCUCAUUCUUCUUCUCCAUCCCAUGUGCUAAAAUCUCCAGAUGAAAGUGCUCAUUCUUCUUCCCGAUUUUCUGUUCCAUCAACUGGUUCGGGUUCUGCAUUGGUGCAGGAUGAGAUUGCUUUUGCAUCCAGAAAGAUUGGACCUGAACCAGGCCAAAGUAAUCUUGAUUCUCUUAGAUCUGCUGUCCCAAAGACACGAAGUGGUAAUGGGACCACAUUGAUGCAAAAUGAGCUUGGAUAUGCAACACGCAAAGUAGGAAGUCAAGAAAUAAAGUCACCUCUCCAAAGUGCUCAGUCUUCUCCAAGAUUUGCUACUCCAUUUUCAAGAACUGGCACUGGGACCGCUCAGGUCCAAGAAAAAGUCAUAUCCGCUUCGGAACAAGUUGGCUCUCAAGGAUCAACAGCUGAAGUGACACGGAAAGAGACUUCUAUGGCUGCAUCAAAUAUGUCUUGUUCGGAGUCGGUUAAUAAUAUGCCUGAUGAAGAUGCAAUGGUUGUGACUUCAAAAAAAGUAGCAAGAAAACUAUCAGCACCAAGAUCAGGUCGGAAAGGUAGAUUAUUGUCGCCUCCUUCUUCCUCAAUUAAUAUAAGCAGAGUAAGUAAAUUUACAAGAAAUGGCCCACGUAUAGCAAAGCCUGUAGUAAAGAACAAGGGCUCUGUCAAGAAGAAGAUAAAGCAGGGUACAGACACUGCUUCUGAUUUUCCCAGUAAAGGUAAUACCGGCUUAGCUUCUGGUACAGGUCAGUUGGUUUGCCAGAAUUGUCAAUGUGCUUUAAGGACUGCGACCGAAGAUUCAAAUCAAGAUGAAUCUGUCAGUUUUAAUGUCAAAGUUGGCUCGAAUAAUGUAGACACUGGCUCUAGCAAACACGAUUUUAAUUCAAGCAACUCUAACAGAAUCGCAUCCAAUGUGAAUACUCAGAAGAACCCAAAAUCAAGAGAGAAAGGGGAAUUUUCCCAAAGCUCAAAGAGUAGCCUUGGUGAGUAUAGCACUAGUACUAGCAACAGUGAUGAGAGCAACGUGAGUAGGCCUAGUUGUUGCAAUAGACCCCACAUGUCCAAGGAUAUCAGAUGGGAAGCUAUUCGCCAUGUGAAGAUGCAGGAUAAAGUCUUAAGUUUGAGACACUUCAACAUCUUAAAAAAGCUUGGUUGCGGAGAUAUAGGGACUGUUUAUCUUGCCGAGCUAAUCAGUUCAAAUUGCUUGUUUGCCAUCAAGGUCAUGGACAAUGAUUUUUUGGCCAGAAGAAAGAAGAUGCCGAGGGCCCAAACAGAAAGAGAGAUACUGAGAAUGUUAGACCAUCCAUUUCUCCCCACACUUUAUUCCCAAUUCACAUCAGAUAAUUUGUCAUGCUUAGUUAUGGAGUAUUGUCCGGGUGGCGAUCUUCAUGUCCUUAGGCAGAAGCAGCUUGGCGGGAGUUUCUCUGAACCAGCUGCAAGGUUCUACGUUGCGGAAGUCCUCCUUGCUUUAGAGUACUUGCACAUGCUCGGUGUUAUCUACCGGGAUCUAAAACCAGAGAACAUCCUUGUUCGAGAAGAUGGCCACAUUAUGCUCACGGACUUUGACCUGUCACUGAGAUGUAAUGUAAGUCCAACUCUCCUGAAAUCAACUGAUGCCAAUCCUGUGAAGAUUUCUGGUCCAUGCACUGAAUCUAGCUGCAUCGAGCCUUUCUGCAUUGAGCCAGUCCCAUGCUUCAGUCCUAGGUUCUUACCCUCCACCGCAAAAGCAAGGAAGUUAAAAGCUGAAAUGGCUGCCCAAGUGAAGUCAUUGCCACAGCUUGUGGCUGAGCCUUCUGAUGCGCGAUCGAACUCCUUUGUUGGGACCCAUGAAUACUUGGCCCCCGAAAUCAUCAAGGGGAAGGGCCAUGGAGCAGCAGUUGAUUGGUGGACAUUUGGUAUAUUUCUUUAUGAGCUUUUAUAUGGCAGAACACCAUUUAAAGGUUCUUGCAACGAAGAAACACUCGACAAUGUUAUCUCACAGAACCUGAGGUUUCCCGACACUCCACUUGUUAGUUUUCAAGCUAGGGAUCUUAUUUGGGGCUUGCUGUCAAAAGAUCCCGAGAAUCGAUUGGGAACCGAGAAAGGCGCUGCCGAGAUCAAGCAGCAUCCUUUCUUUGAAGGUUUAAAUUGGGCACUAAUUAGAUGUGCCAUUCCGCCAGAAAUUCCAGAGUAUUAUGAAUUUGGGGUUCCGUACGAGUCAUCACACGAAACGAGCAGCAAGUACUUGCAGUGUGAAGCUACAGAAGAACACCUUGAGUUUGAGUUGUUCUAAUUGUGGUCUCUCUCCUUUCUUGUUGCAACUGUAAUGGCGCUUAUGUUGUAAAUUUGAUUGAGAAUAUCACGGUAAAGCUGUAAUGCUGUUGCCCAGCUGCUGAACAGAGCAGUUGGCAAUGAUGAUGGUCUGUUGGUCUAUAUAUAAAACAUUGCCUCAUAAGACCAGAUUUUGUAACAUGGAAUCAUUCAUUUAGCAACUCUCUCUCGUUGA